GCUAUACUUUACAGCUUAUACCAUUUCAUGCAGCUCGUGGAUAACAGCACGUUUCUGACACGGUUAGCUGCCGAAUUCGAGUCGCAUAAGGAAAAAGGAACUAUAUGGCUGACGCAUAAACGACUAACCCAUGAUGGCGAGGAUGCCACUAUGAAUGAUGCAGAUGGUACCAGGGAAUAUCCUUGCUUAGUUCGCGCCACAGAUGGCAAGAAAGUUAAGUUUUCUACUCAGGUUGAAUCAAAGGAUCUGAUGAAAUUCCACUCUGCCUAUGGUUCGCUACUGAAAUCGUCGAUGACUACUCUCCGAAAACGAGACAAAAAGCGGGAGAAACAGCGCGCUGAGGAGCUUGCGCGUCGAAAACGUCGAAUGGCAGAACAGAUUGUCGUAGAGGGGCCGAAGAGAGGGAAUGGUCGCAGAAAGAGACAGCGGAAGAUGAAGGCAAUCGUUAAACAGGAAGAACUGAAGGAACGAGUUCGAGCCAGAGACGAAGCAAAGGCCAGGAGUGUAUCAACCUGAAAUUUCAUGUUCUUGUCGCUGUAUUUUGCAUAAAAGUAUUGUGUUGACUAAUUGUAAAACCCUCCAGCAGACUGCAAGGGAUCUAUAGUA